AUUAAAAAAAUAUUACGACGCAUAUGUGUUUUUGAAUCUAAGCUAUCUAGCGGUGUGGAGUUUCUCUUUCUUGCUUUUCUCUCUCUAACUCGAAUAAGAAAAGGACUUGAACAGAAAUCACUCUCUCUCUCUCUAGCUAAGCUCUUGCUUCACUUCCAGCAAUGUGUAGCUUCUGAUUAUAGUGCUUCUGGCUUUACGCAAUCACAAUGGUGCAACAGAUGGAUUUCUCUGAGCAAUUAUUUCGCGAUGGGUUGUUUGAGGAAUGCAAGUUUGCUUAAUGAUGAAAUGGGGUUUGUGGUGAUCGAAACUUGAAACAAAUUCUGACUACUUGUAGCUUUCUCCUAUAUGUAUUGUGCCUUUAGCGAAAUAUAGGUGAAGAUGGAAGCAGUAGUAGAUGCCAACACUCCGGUGGAUUACAUUGAGUUUCGUAUUUUUCCGAGCCAAAACAGAUACGAGGCAUGUGUAUGCUAUGAGAACAAAAAAGAGAAAGUCAAAUCUGGACUUUUGGAGCAUCUAUUGCUGCAUUCAGUUGACAUCAAAGCUUUGCAAUCAAAGGGAUCUGAUGACAAGUAUAAACUUUACCCUCCGGAAAACUUGCAUGACAACAAAUGGUUUACAAAAUCCACAUUGAUAAGGUUCCUACAUAUAAUUGGGUCAGAAGACAUAUUAGAAGUCACCAAUUCCUUGAGAAAUGAGAUAUCUCAGCUGGAGGAGGCUCGAAGGUUCCAUCUUUCUCUGUAUGCAAAGGGUAGAGAAUAUCAGUUCCAAAAUGGACAAUCUGAUGACAGCUGCGCGGAUGACAUGGGAUCUACCACAGAAGCUGAAGACUCAAAUGCCUCCAAGAAUGAAUUGUUGCGGGCCAUGGACUUGAGGCUUAAUGCACUGCGAGAAGAGUUGACAACUGCGUUUGACCAAGCUGCUGGUUCUCGAUAUUCUGUGGGGGAUUUGACUGAUAUAGAGAAGUUUUCUAGACAUCUUGGAUCAACAGACUUGAGCGGUUCAUUAGGCAAACACAUUGAACUGAGACAUGGAGCUCAGGCUGAUGAAAUUUCGAGCAUUACACAUUUCUCAAAGAAUGACAGACUAAAACCAAAAGAAAGGAGCAAUCAUACAAUUAAAUCAGUUUGUUCAGAGCUGCCAGUAAUAUAUGGUGUCUCACCCGCCAAAGCGGCACAGGUAGAGAGACAAAGCUCUACAGGAAGUGAUGAAUCCUCUUUCUCAAGUGAGGAAGAACAACCAUCUGCGGAAAGAAGUCGGACUCUUAUAAGAUCUGCUUCACCUAGGAGGUCAGCAUCUCCAAUGCGGAGGGUACAAAUUGGACGAUCUGGAUCGCGAAGGUCUACUGCAAUAACCAUUAAAAGUCUGAACUAUUUUCCUUCUCGGGACAGAAUGUUCUUACCUAAAGACUCCGCAGACGAUAGUGAUGAAGAGGACUCGGAGCAAGCGCCCAAAAAACCAGAAAAUAAUGCUAGGAGAAUGAGUGUACAAGAUGCAAUAAAUCUUUUCGAAAGAAAACAAAUGGAUCAAACAGUGGAUAUUCAGAAGGCUAGGUCCUUGUUGAGUGCAUCAGUUGGAGCGAACAAGUCUGUAUUGAGAAGAUGGAGCAGCGGAAUGGGCGAAGAUUCUUCACAAUGUCCUCAAGAUGACGUUACUGAGGGUUCUGCUGCUGGGAUUCAAAAUAAUGUAGAAAGUAAGGAAGUUAUAUAUAGUUCACAAAAGUCUGAAGCAGAGCAGGUUGUUGCUUCAGAAGACUUCCCUUUUGAGAAUUCUGAAUCAGAUGCGAAGUUGAACUCGCCUGAAAAAGAAGCUUUGACUCCUAUAGUUAUGCAAGAGGAGACUUGUCCAACUGAAUCACUUGAUGUUAAUGAAAAAAUAGUCACCUCAGCAGAGUGGAGCCGUCAAAAGGAAGCAGAACUAAAUGAGCUGCUUAUAAAGAUGAUGGAAACCAAACCUGUGAAAAGCCGUAUUGCUGUGCCUGCAGGUAGCAAAAGACAAAGCUUGCCGUCUGAGCAGAGAGGUGGAUUUUAUGAUCACUACAAGGAGAAGAGGGAUGAGAAACUUCGGGGAGAAGCUCCUAAAAAAAGAGAAGGGAAAGACAAACAGCUCAGAGGGAUGCAACAAGUUAAUGAUGCAAAAAAAUCACAACUGAGCCCAGCAAAUGCUGAUGCUGGUAGAAAAUAUAAUGUGAAGAAGCUCCAGAAACCACAAAUUAGUGUGUCUCAAUCAGCAAAUCUCAAGGCAGAAAGCCCUAAACUUGGGGUUGUUAAGAAAGCGUCUACGAAAGCAUCUUCUCUGCCUGCCACUCGUAAAUCAUGGCCAUCAAUUCCAUCGCCCGGAGCUAGAGGGCCAUCCCCUGGAGCUAGAGGGUCAUCUCCUGCUAAAACCCCCAGUGCGCAGUCAGCUUCUGGUGCAGUGCCAACUCGUAGAAGGUCACAGCCAACACCACCAGCUUCUCAGGUUAGCUCGAAAGUAGAGACAUCUCAAACACGAGCAAAGUCUGUAAAGCCGACUCAAAAUGACAGAAAGAAGACCCUGAAACCUGCCACUGAAAAAAAGCAGCAAUCCGUGACAAAGCCUGAGAAAACUGUCAAAAGCAACGUCCAGACUGCCACAGAAGAGAAUCUUGUUUCCUCAGUAAAACCUAAUUUAUAUAACAAGGUGGCGAAGAAGAGCAGUGUAGUUCCGUUGGAAUCAAAGCCUUUUCUUCGUAAAGGCUCUGGAAAUACAUCCAGUGUUAAUCUAACUGCAAAGAAAAAAGCAUCUCCUCAAGAACCAGUAAGGAAGCCUGAGGAUCUGAUGUUGGUCGACGACAAACUAACAGUUUCUAAGUCCUCUGAUCUAGUUGUUCAGCAUCAAGAGAGGCAAAACGAAGAAUUUGAAGUUCACACCAGCACGGAUUCUGGGACCAGCACUAGGAGUCCCCCACGAUGUAACGACAAGGAAGACGUAGGUGAGGUUAACCCCACCACUGCUGAUAGCACCGGCAGGGUAGAAGAGCUUGAAUUAAAGGCUGGUGUUUAUGCUGAGGCUGAGGUUGAGGCUGAAGAAGAAUCGACCAUCUCACCAACUGCUUGGGUGGAAAUAGAGGAACAAGAUCACUCCAUGAACUCUGUUGAACACAGUAACCCAAUGGUGGUUUCACCAGCUUAUAAAGCGCCAAUUGGAGCAUCAAGUCCUCGAGUUCGUCAUUCUCUUUCACAGAUGCUUCUUGAGGAGAGCAGUGAACCUGAUUCGAUUGACUGGGGGAUUGCUGAAAAUCCUCCAGCAAUGGUCUACCACAAAGAUGCACCCAAAGGAUUAAAGAGGCUGUUAAAAUUUGCUCGUAAGAGUAAAACUGAUGCAAACUCAACAGGUUGGUCUAGCCCAUCUGUCUUCUCUGAAGGAGAGGACGAUUCUGAGGAUUCCAGAUUUGCAAGCAAGAGAAGUGCUGAAAAUCUGUUGAGGAUCGCAACCCAUCAUUCAAAGAACAACGGGCACCAGAAGAACUUCUCUGAUUAUGAACACUCAGCUCAAGCAAGUAUUAGGAAGCUUGAUGCUCAGAGUUUAUCUCAGCAGUUUCAGGAGGGAAAUGUUUCCGCUUCUAUGACCACGACAAAAGCAACAAGGUCAUUCUUCUCUCUUUCAGCAUUUAAAGGCAGCAAAUAGGACAUGAAAACCAUAAUACCAAUCCUACCACUAGCUUGCAACUUGGAGGUAGGUCAGGUUAUAAUUUAUGUUUUGCACAUUACAUUUUCAUGAUCCAGACAUGGUAGACCACCCUCCUGCUGCAACAAUUGGUGAGGUUCGAGUAUGCUUUCUAGAUCUAGCUUUAGAUUCAUUCCGAUGAUUGAAUUGAUUAUAGCAUGUAACAGAAAACAAGAUUAGAAGUCUUAGCUAUGUCUCUUGGACACAAAUCACACCACAAAUUUGUAUUUUAUCUCUUUUGGAUGAUUAUUGUGUUGUAUUUGUGUCUAUGCAGCUUGGCAUUUGUUUGUCUCAAAUCUUAUGUAAUCAUUCAAUUUUAGUUUCUAUCAAUCCAAUACUUCCUGGUGUAAA